AUGCUAAUAAUAUAAUAUUGUAUGUAAAUUCAAUUUGUAAGCCGCUCUGAGUCCCCUUCGGGGUGAGAAGAGCGGGAUAUAAAUGUAUUCAAUAAUAAAUAAAUAAAUAAAUAAUGAUCUGUGGCCUUCCAGGUGUUUUGGACUUCAUCUCCCAGAAUUCUUAACAAUUGGCCACACUAGCUGGGGCUUCUGGGAGUUGAAGUCCAAACCACUUGGAGGCCAAGGCUCCAAGAAUCAGUGUUCUUCCAGGCUAGACAUUGCAUCUCUCUGCUUGAAGAGUUAGAGCAACAUGCGGGUUCACGCUCGACCGACACUUCCGGAUAAAAAGAGACUUCCCAAUACAAGUUAAAGCAACAGGGAGGAGGCGUGGUUUUAAGUAGGAAGCUCCGAGUCUCUCGUCUGAGCCAAUCAUGUGUCGGUGCUGCUCUAGCCACAGGACACUCUAUGGUGAGUGCUCUCUAUAGUUUCCCUGGGAAAGAGUGGACAGUGCUUUGAAGCAAGUUGGAAGGAGAGCUGCAGGUUCUUGGAGCUGGACACGGAGUGAUGUCACAGAUCCACUUGGGAUCCAGUUAAUGUCAUGAGCAAGUUGCUGUUGUGAUGGAGCCAGUUCAGGUCGCUGUUACCUUUGAAGACAUAGCUGUAUGUUUCUCUGCAGAGGAAUGGGUUCUCUUGGAUCCUAGACAGAAGGCUCUGUACAGAGACGUCAUGGUGGCAAAUUAUGGGAUGCUAGCCUCUCUGGUUCAAGAGCUGCAAUCAGAAAUAAAUACAGAAGAACAGGACCCCAAAGCAGCUAACAAAACCUGGCAGAGAAUGGAGAAAGAAAAAGGUGUUCCUGUCAUUCCAUUUGGGACCAACCCAGAUGUUCUGGCUGAAAGAACUCAGGCACAGAUUCGACCAAGUCCAGUUGGCAUCUUAGAUCAGGAUUGGAGAGAUCAUUUUCUGGAUUUCCUGAUGAUGACAGCAUCCUUUUGUUCCGGACAGACUCCCUCUCUGCCCUUAUUGGAGUAUGAAAGGAGGAAAUUCCAGACCACUUUGAAGGAGGUGGAGAGGUCUUUGGCCCCCAUGUUGGAGCAAGAAUCUUUAGACAAAGUGAGGAUGCAGUUCCUGAUGGAUGCCCUACAGAAAGAUGGCUUCCUGGAAAAUGGUGACCAAGGACUGGAUUCCAAGGAGAAUUUUUGGCCAGAGCGAACAAGUGGAAUAUCGCUUGAAAGUCUCCCUCCAAGCACCGACCUCGAUGAUUAUCAGAAAAUACAAGCAGAAGUGACCAAAAGAUAUCCAUGCUCCUAUUGUGGGAAGUGUUUUGAUGAGAGUUCAGACUUGGUAGCUCACGAGAGAGGCCACAUCAGAGAGAAAAUCUACCAGUGCUCGCAUUGCGAGAAACGGUUCUCUCAUCACCCUGAUCUCCUGACGCACAAGAAGAAUCACCAGGGGGAGGAUCCCCACCAGUGUGCCCUGGACUGCAGCAAAUGCUUCAAGCAGAAUACUUUCCCUGCAAUACACCAGAAGGCUCCUCCUGGAGAACAAGCAUGCCAGUGCCCAGUCUGUGGGGUAAACUUCACUUGGAAAUCAAACCUUAUUAGACACCGGAGAACCCACACAGGAGAGAAACCCUACCGGUGUUCUGAAUGUGGCAGAAGCUACACCCGAAAGACAGCCCUUGACAGACACAAGAAAAUCCACAUAGGGGAUGUUGGUGAGCCUCCAAGCUUGGAGCAAGCUUCAAUAUGGGUUCUCCACCUACUAGAGAAAAAGACAAUGGAAACCUUGAGUGAGGAAAGGAAGGUGUCUAUGGAAAAGCUCCAAGGGAUGGACACCUUGAGUGAGGAGGGGAAUAUCUCUGCACAGAAGGAGGAAGCACAUAUUCUGGAGCUGAAAAGCAUGGAGAAAAAUGCUCCCAGCAUUGUAUUGUGGGCCAAGACGGAAGACACCAAACCCACUCAGCUGGUACAUGCUGGGAGUACUGGAGAUUCGCAAACUGCAGCAUCUCCACAACGUGUCAAAUAUGAACCGGAGGAAGGACUGCAGGAACGCUGGGAAGCCCAAUGGCAGGAAUUUCUAAAGACACUGCAAACAUCUCAAACAGGACGAAGCCAUGCUCAGUUUAGAGAGGAGUCCAGCCCAUGGGACAACACCAAGUCCUUCCUGGCCGCCUUUGAACAAGUCGCACUGGCAUGCCGAUGGCCUCAGGAUAAGUGGACUACCUUUCUGCAGCCGGCCCUCCGCGGAGAAGCCGAGGAGGCCUUUCAUGGGCUUAGUCCCCAAGAUAGGAGAGACUUCCAGAAGGUCAAGGGAGCCAUCUUGCAUGGACAAGCCCUUGCAAGGGAAAGACAGCGGCAGCACUUCCGGAAAUUCUGCUACCAAGAGAAAGAAGGGCCAAGGGGCGUCUACAGCCAGUUACGGGAGCUUUGCCAACAGUGGUUGAGGACUGAGAGGUAUUCGAAAGAGGAGAUCCUGGAGCUGCUCAUCCUGGAACAGUUUCUAACCGUCUUGCCUCAAGAAAUGCAGAGUUGUGUCAGAGCCCGGGGGCCGGAGACCUCUGUCCAAGCCGUGCUCCUGGCAGAAGGUUUCCUGCUAAAACAAAAGGGAGACAUGGUUCAGGAAGAGCAGGUUCCAGCAUUACAGCAGCUGAUGAAGGAGGCAGCAGCAGGAGCUGUAGAUUCCUCAGAGGAUGGCCAGAGCCUGCCACCCAAUUCCUGGAAAAAGAAACUCUGGAGGGUGGAGGAAGAUGAAAAUGGAAGCUCAUCGGGAAGGGAAAAGGUCCUUGGCAAUAAGGAAGGUACUUUUCAGAAACAUAGCCCAGAACAAUUGGAAUUAAGAGAUCCGGUGCAUGGAAGAAGCAAGAUCACACAAUACUAUGGAGAAAGAAUUAGUUACAGGAGUCAGCAGGGACUAGCAGGUGACCAUGUAGUCCAUCUAGAUAAGGAGAUGGAUAAAAGUCUUCCCAAAGUUGGAAAAACAUUUGAUCGAGCAGAAACCAGAACACAUGAAGAAAUCCAUUUCCCUGGAAAAAACUCUAGUGGCAGUGCAGACUUUGGAGCCGGCGAACGAUCCCGACGAGGAAGGAAAGUGUAUAAAUGCUCGGAGUGUGGGAAGGUUUUCCGUGAUAAGGGAGCUCUGAAGAAGCAUGAGAGGGUGCACACUGGAGAGAAACCUUACAAAUGCUCCGUGUGCGAGAAGAGCUUUGCGAACAGCUCCAACCUUACCGCACACGAGAGAAUCCACAAAGGAGAGAAGCCGUACAAGUGCUCCGAUUGUGGACGCCGUUUCAGCCGCAGAGGAAUCCUGAUGAGGCACGAGAAGAUUCAUUCGGGGAGGAAGCCAUUUAAAUGUGUGUGGUGCCCCAAAAGUUUCACAGAUACCUCCAACCUCGCCGUCCACGAACGGAUCCACAAGGGAGAGAGGCCGUUUCAGUGCUCUGAGUGUGGGAAGAGCUUCAAUCAGAAGGGAAACCUGAUGAUACACGAGAGAAUCCACACCGGCGAGAGACCCUUUACAUGCAGGGAAUGUGGGAGAAGCUUUAGUCAGAAAGGAAACCUCGUCAAGCAUGAAAAAAUGCACACUGGGGAGAAAGGAUAUACAUGUGCAAAGCAACCUUCCAAUAUGAUUCUAUAAAGAAACGUAGCAAUAUCCAAAAUGUGGAUGGUGGCACAUAAUGUUUUGUGGAUGUUCAUAGAAUCAUAGAGUUAGAAGAGACCAUAUGGGACAUCCAAUCCUAUCCCAUUCUGCCAGGCAGGAAAAGCACAAUCGAAGCACCCAUGACAGAUGGCCAUCCAGCCUCUAGAGCCUCCAGUGGCCUAGGGGAUAAAAGCCUCGUGACUUGAAGGUUGGGUUGCUCACCUGAAAGCUGCCAGGUUCGAAUCCCACCCGGGGAGAGCGCGGAUGAGCUCCCUCUAUCAGCUCCAGCUCCAUGCGGGGACAUGAGAGAAGUUUCUCACAAGGAUGGUAAAACAUCAAAAAAAAAAUCCGGACGUCCCCUGGGCAAUGUCCUUGCAGACAGCCAAUUCUUUCACUUCAGAAGCAACUCCGGUUGCUCUUGACACACAAAAAAAAAUCCAGCCUCUGCUUUAAAGCCUCCAAAGAAGGAGCCUCCUUCACACUCCAAGGCAGAGAGUUCCACUGUUCAACAACUCUUACAGUCAAUAAGUUCUUCCUAAUGUUCAGUUGAAAUGUUCACCUAUUUCAUCGGAUGAAAAAGUUACAAAAGAGAUUACUGCUUUAACAAUGUUAUUAAUGUCACCUCCUUGUUGAAGAAACAGUUAUUCAGAGGUGACAAGCACAUCCCAGCAUAAAUGCACAUGGUUGUCACAAAAUCAAAGAAUCCUAGAGUUGGAACAGACCCCAAGGGUCACCCAAUCUAACCCCAUUCUGCCAAGCAGGAAUACACAAUCACAACGACCCCAAACAGAUGGCCAUCCAGUCUCUGCUUCAAGACCUCCAGAGGAGGAGACCCCACCACACCCCAAGGCAGCAGGGUUUUCCACAGUGGAACAGCUCUUACCAUCAGGGAGUUAUUUCUAAUGUUUAGGUGGAAUCUUUUCCCCCCUGCAAUUUGACUCCAUUGCUCCAUUGUAUCCUAAUCUUCAGGGCAGCAGAAAAGAAGCUCGACUCUCCUCAAUAGGACAUUCUUUUCAAAUAUUUAAGCAUCACUAUCAUGUUCCCCCUCAACAUUUUCUCCAAGAUAAACAUACCCAGCUCCCUAAUCCACUCCUCAGAGGGCUUGGCUUGGAAUAAUAGAAUCCUAGAGUUGGAAGAGACCUUGUGGGCCAUCCAGUCCAACCCCAUUCUGUUAAGGAGGAAAAUUGCAUUCAAAGCACCCCUAACAGAUGGCCAUCCAGCCUGUUUAAAAGCCUCCAAAGAAGGAGCCUCCACCACACUCUGAUGCAGAGACUUCCACUUUCAUAGUUGACCAUGUCUAUUCUGAAAUUCUGGCCAUUGGCACUUUGAACCUGUCUAUUGGACUAAUUUGAAACUGGAUUUUAAAUUGUUUGUGGUUGUUUUAGCACAGGACCAUAGCAAGAAAAAUAUGGGGGGGGGGGGGUGAAUUUUUUUUUUUAGCGAAUCAUGAAAAGUAGUUCCAUAAUGCAAAAUAAUGUAGAAAUUGGGCUCCAUUGAUAAACUUCAGUGGACACUCAUGGGGAUUUGGUUAAUCAGUUAUAAUUCAUGAGUAAACUAGCCUUUAAAAAAAAACCCUGAAAAAUUUGGGUAGUCCCGUUUAGCAGGAUUGUAUGUUUUGAUAUUUGAUUUUGUUGUAUGGUCUCCUUUUUGACAAUUGAAUGUUUUACUUUAUGUUCUAAACCUAUCUCCUCUUGCGGAAAUAGGGCAGUAUAUAAAUAAAGUAUUUUUAUUAUUAUUA